AUGGAUCGCAUUCGGUCCCUUUUCCAGAAGGGGGAGGAUGAGCAGGAAUAUCAGCCGCUGAGCGAGGAGUCGCAGUCCCCGGAAGGGUUGCCUGGACGUCACGCAGAAGAUGGCGCGCCGUUUUCGUGGGUCGAGUACGGCAUCUUUGCAUUGCUUGGGGUCGCAAUGUUAUGGGCGUGGAACAUGUUCCUUGCUGCCGCGCCGUACUUCCAGCUUCGGUUCCAAGACGACCAAUGGUCACUCGACAACUUCCAGUCCGCGAUCCUGUCCGUGUCAACAGUCACGAAUCUCGGAGCCAUGGUCGUAUUGACGAAUGUACAAUACUCGGCGUCGUAUCCGUUCCGAAUUAACCUCGCGCUGUACAUAAACGUGGCAGUGUUCGCGCUGUUGACCGUCUCGACAGCAACAUUCCUCGAUGCCUCGCCCUCCGCCUACCUUGUGUUUCUGUUGGCCAUGGUCGCAUGCACUGCUUGGGCGGCUGGACUGAUACAGAAUGGCGCGUUCGCGUUUGCUUCGAGCUUCGGCAGGCCUGAGUACAUGCAAGCAAUCAUGGCUGGACAAGGUGUCGCCGGUGUGCUCCCCGCCCUGGUUCAAGUCAUCUCGGUCCUCGUUGCUCCACCGCCAGAGACAGACCCUGAGGCGAGAGAAGCCACACCAGAGAAAGGCACAGCUGCUUUCAUCUACUUUUUGACCGCAGUUGUCAUCUCCGUCGUGGCGCUGGUGGCCUUCAUUCCACUUGUCCGGCGGCACAACAGAAUCGUGGAAACCCGAAUGGUCGACCAUAUGGCCGCUUCGAUGACCAGUAUCGAAGAGGCCGAACGUGCGGCACGCAAAGUUGUCAGCAUGGCCACGCUCUUCAGGAAGCUUCACUGGCUUGCUGGCGCUGUGUUCAUGUGCUUUGCUGUCACUAUGUUCUUCCCCGUCUUUACUCCCAAGAUCUUGUCUGUGACACAGCCAGAAGGAGCGGCAACACUGUUCCGACCUGCAGCCUUCAUCCCACUUGGGUUCUUCUUCUGGAACCUGGGAGACCUUGGAGGAAGAGCAAGCUCGCUUGUAUUGCCGUUUCGUCAACGCCCAGCUGUCUUAUUCGCAGUCAGCAUUGCGAGGUUCAUAUUCUUGCCGCUCUACACCCUGUGCAACAUCCAUGGCCAGGGUGCCACUGUCAAUAGCGACGUGUUCUAUCUUCUUGUGGUCCAGUUCCCUUUUGGCUUGACAAACGGCUGGCUUGCUUCGAACUGUAUGAUGGCAGCGGGUGAGUGGGUUGACGAAGGAGAACGCGAGGCUUCAGGGGGGUUCAUGGGGCUUUGUCUGGUGGCUGGACUGGCGUUCGGCAGUCUGCUGAGCUUCACUGCUGCUGGAAUAUAA